AAGAAGAGGUGAACAAGCUCGGCACGGUCUGUGGAGGUGUCGGCCUCGCUCCCCACGGCCUUCUCUGUUUCAGACUUGACAAAAUGUCUUUCUUCUCAUCAUGGAUGAAAGCUAUUUUCGUGCUUGCCUUGCUAUUUCCUCUGCAUUCUGAAUCUGGUCUUUCCCGGAAGCGAAAACCUAUACCAGCACCACCAGACUGUGAUGUACUUCUAGCAAACCCAGAUUUAUGUGAUGGGCAAUAUUAUCCAAUCUGUGCGACCAAUAAGAAAACUUAUGCCAAUCCAUGCUUUUUCUGCAGUCAAAAAACAGAUUAUGGUCUAAAUUUUGAUUUUGUUCGUUAUGGUGAAUGCUGACUCUGCCAGAGCCACACAUUCCUAUGCCUUUUAUUGAAAUCCUAUUUUGCAGUGGAUUCGCCAAGCAACUAAGGUGUUCUCAAUCAGAGUUUUAAAUUCCCAGAUGACCAGACAAAUCCUACUGUGGUAUACAAGAUUGAAUAUAGGAUUUUGAAGAAUUUUUCUAGUUCUAAGAAGCUGUGAUUGAAAGACUUUUAUCCUCUAUGGUGAAUUAUCAGUGGCAGUUGAAAAACCAUCUUGAUUGUAUUUGAUAAUAUAAAGUUAAACAUAAUUUACAAUCGUGAAAGUUUCAAUCAAUAAAAGUUAA